UAUUAAUCCAAAAAAAUAUUUUUUACAAACUUGCACACAAAUUUUAUGUUUUUAUGGCUGUACAGAUUAAGUAGUGAAAGUGUGAUACGAGUGAGCAAAAACUCGCACAACCCUUCACUCGCGUGCGUCCUGUUAUCAAGUUAAUUAAAGAUUGCGCAUUUACUCUGUCACACGGCCGGAUUAUACACAACUGGCGCCUUGUACAGCUUCAUAGGGCCGCGUGUCAAGGGCUGUCUGGGCAGGAGCCGCGUGCGUCUAGCGGCUCCAUCAUGCUCAAACGUGGAGGGGUGCCCUUUCAGGGACCGGCUUACAAAAAGCAAACGACAAGAAGCCAAUUAUGGGACUUAAAUGUGGGGGAGGGACAUAUUGUAACGAUUUCCAUAAUUCUGUAUGCGAGAUGAUAAAAUGUUUAGGAAUAAGAAGUGGAGGAGAGAGAUACAAGCAUCAAACAAUCUCUCACGCAGGAAACACGCGCUUUGAAAACGAGAGAGGCCCCUUUUUGAAAGUGCUGAACACAUUGAAAUGCAGAGAGGCGGCCAGCCAACAGACUGCAGGGUCAAGUGACGAACGGAUUAUAUGCUUCUUCUUAAUAAUAUUAAUUAAACAAUUUGCAUGCUAAUAAGGUAACAAUUAUCGUGCCUCUCUGUUGAAAGAUUUAGGUUAUUACUACACGCCAUGCGGGUGCCACUGAGGGUCAGCGCGAGCGAGCGAGUGGUGAGAAAUUUCAACUCAAAUUAACAUUCUGGCAGCUGGAGAAAUUGGAUAAAUAAAGUGGAAUUAAUUCCCGGUAAUGGAGAAGGAGAGCAGGGAGAAGGAAAGGCUCGUGUCCUUUACAGAACUGAUUACCAUCCUGUAUUCAGAACCAUGCCUCUGUUUCACACGUGUACACACACACGCAUACACACAUUUUCCAAAGAAUAAACAGACAUGUAACUCCGUAGACACACUAAGAACGUAAAUAAUUUUUUUAGUCACAUUACUUUGAUACAUACUUGUUAUUCAAAAUGAUCGUUAACUUAUUAUUUUUCGAAAAUACCCAACAUUAUAGGCCUAUCACGUGCCUAUUAUCUAUAUAUAGUCUGUAAACGAAUCUUUAGAUAGGCCUACAAAACCUGCUAUACUGAUUUAAAAAAGCCUUCAUAUUUGCUUUCACGACCACAGAAAAUGAUAAUAACCUGCUUUACUCGAUCUAUAAAAAAGAUCAUGUCCCCGUGUUGAUAAUGCCAAUGAUAUAUUUAUUUUACGUCUCAUAAUCUUUGCACAAUGGAUUAAUAAAUCCUCCUACAGCCAACUCCCAUCUGUGAAUAUGAUCAGUAAAAGCAUAAUUGAUUACAUACACAGAAUGGCUUAAAUGUGACAGUGAUGAAUAGCAGAGGUGAACGAUGUUAACACAGUUUUCUGAACUCUGCACGCCAAUAAUCAAACAACUGCAAAAAAGUUAAAACAUUUUCUAGUAUUUUCUUUAUCAAACAUUUUUAUUACUGUCAGACUUGCUUGUCUUUUCAACUUUGUGGAGUUACGGGAAUUACUUAAAAUGAGUUUAUAUUCUCUAUGAGAAGCAAAGAUGAGCUUGUAGUUUUAAAUACAUCUUGACAGCUCGCAACAGGGUGGGCGAUAAUGCUUCGUGCGUUAGGAUCGCUCUAUUCGGCCACGAUGCCGUUGCGUAAUAGUAGGGCAUCAUUUUACGCAUUCACAGAGAGCCUGACAUUCAUUGAACAAGAUCAAAUAGGCGACUCUGACAACAACGCGUCCCAACAACCAAACGUCCAAAGCGCAAAUGUGGUCAUAUGAUCAAAAUAAGCCAUUGAAACAGCACUGUGUGUUUGUGUAGAAUUUGGUCAGGAAUCAAUCAAUCUGCCGGUUUCGCCUCCUCCCUCCAGUUGUGAUGUCUCGUGUCGUGUUGUGACAGCGCCGGUAUUGUUUAUUGAGGUAGAUGUCAGGUAUAAUUAGCAAUCGAUAUGGAAAACGUUUUGUGUCGUGUGCCUGACGUCACCGACGAGCGACGUUCCCCAUUGGUGGCGAAUUCCCCAGCGCGAGAGCUGGUUAUUUGGACAAGGGGAGAGUUGAUGUUUACAAAGUAGGAGAGAGCAAAAAACCUAUACGCCUCACUCGGUCUCUUUACUUCUCGUUCGGGAGCGCAAAGCAUGUGCACUCUCACCGCUCCACGGCUGCCGCGUGCGCUCUGAGUUGGAGCUUGUUGCCAGACGCGCUUCCCUGAUCCGGAGAUACAAUGAUGGACAGUCGGAUCCUCGAGCAUCCUCAUGCCCAGUUUGGAGGCUCUUUGGGAGGCAUGGUUGGAAUGGGUUUUCCUUACCACCUCGCCCAUCACCAUGUUUACGAUCUUUCCGGACACCAGCUACAGGCGGCCGCUAUGCCCUUUUCCAUAGACGGAUUACUUAACGGAUCGUGCUCGGCGUCUGUUGCAAACUCAAACCCGUUGCUCGGAUCUGGUUGUCGCGUUAACGGGGAUAGUCAAUAUAAACUCAGCGACUCUGUGGUCCUAGAUGCCGGAGACCCCGACAAGGAAAGCCCUGGUUGUAAAAGAAGGCGAACGCGUACAAAUUUUACGGGCUGGCAGCUGGAGGAACUAGAGAAAGCGUUCAACGAAAGCCAUUAUCCGGACGUGUUCAUGCGCGAGGCUCUCGCGCUACGUCUAGACCUUGUUGAGUCACGUGUUCAGGUGUGGUUCCAAAACCGACGAGCAAAAUGGCGCAAAAAGGAGAACACCAAAAAAGGCCCCGGUCGACCAGCGCACAACUCUCAACCGACCACAUGCAGCGGCGAACCGAUGGACCCAGAGGAAAUUGCACGACGGGAGUUGGAGCGCUUGGAUAAGAAGAGGCGCAAACAGGAACGCAAACUGCUCAAGUCCCAGAACAAGCUUUUAGCAGGUGAGCUCUUUCAUACGCCCGGAUCUGACAGCGAUAGCGGAGUAUCGCAGAGCACAGACAGCGAAUCAACUCAGUUCUGCGGAACCCAGGCCAGCGCGCACCGACAGCCAACAGAACAUACCUGUGACCAAAUACGGCACCAAAGAUCCCCCGGUCCAGAGUCAGCUGAGCCUAUAGACUCCACACGGAACUCUGCCCUGUGUCGUUCCAGUGGCAACACACGGGCCUCCACGCUUCAGAAACUCAGCCCGUUUAGUGUGGAAAGUUUACUAGCCGACUCCAGUCCCCGGAGGAAAACCCUUCUGGAUUUUUCUCAGUUGCCGCCGCAGCGAUCGCUGAUCGGUAAAGGCCAUUUCCUUCUGUAUCCUAUUACUCAACCGUUGGGUUUCAUCGUACCACAGACAGCGAUGAAAACGAAUCAGGAAUCAGGAAACAACUGUUCUACCAUAGACAUCUCAAACCUAGACCAGCACGGGUCUGGACAAGUUAUAAAAGACAACAAUCACCUGCGUAAAGACGCAAGUGGGGAGGGGCUCACAGACGGCGAGUUGCAAAGAGAAAGUCAAAACUCUCCAAUGCAAACGACUUGUUUAGCUGUGUCGAAUUCACCCCAAAAGGAGUUUGCAAACGAAUCCGAAUCCACUGUCACGAACUGUGCCCAGAAAGAAAGCACCUCGCCCGAUCUGUCCGAAAGUUCGGACGCCAAAACGUGCAGUUCCGCGGACACAAAAACCGACGGAGAGGACGUUGACAUGGACUGACAUUUAACAAGUGGAGCCAAGUUGACCUGUCACAAACCCAAAGCUGAUCAUGACACGUUUUUGUACACAACACUGUUUGAAUUAGUUUUUAUACUUUUCAGAAAUGGAUAUUCUUUAUUCAAGUCGACUUUUUUAUUUUGGCUUUAAUGUCUGUUUCCAAUUCAGCAACAAUGCUUACUUGAUGGAACAAGUUGGCCCAUGAGCAGGAUACAAAAACAACACAAAUCCUCAAACGCUGUAUAAAUGAUAAAGUAUCGAAGAUAUUUAUAUAUGUAACAUUUUGAUAAGUAAUAAUAAUAAAAAAAAACAUUGUGAAAGAAAGAUCUUUUAU